UUUGUUUUUUUUAUUUAAUUUUACUUUUCGAGGCAAGCUGACUCACCCAAAGGAGUCAGUGAACCUGACUGACUGAACCUCUCCUCCUUUUCUGUCUCAAGCUACUCAUGUCCUGUCUUUUCCAACCUCUGUUCACUAGGCUGUGUGGAUCCUUUCAUGGGGCAAUUCAAAGACUACAAGAUUCUGGCUGUGGGGUUGGUCUUUCUGGUUUUGCUGUUCUGCCUCAUGAUGCCUUGGAGUGAGCCCGUAGUCCGGUGGCUCCCACAACCCCGUCCUGCCUCUAAAAAUAUCUCAGAGACCAUCAACUGGGACUCUCUCCCUCAAGAACUCUCCAACAUGGCCAACCUUCUAUACUGGCCCCUAACUGGUGGACACAGGGAUCACUUUUUGGAUUCUACCAGCCCCAGAACCUCCACCUACCACUUGAAGGGUCCUGCCCAGGCCAACUAUACUCUGGGAAGUAAUCUAGAGGCCAUCCUGGUGGCUAGGGAUCACUGGGGUAGGCCCAAGGCUCACGGAGGAGAUCUCUUUCGGGCACAGCUGCUGGGCCCAGAAUUGAGAGCAGGAGUCCCAGGGGAGGUGAAGGAUCUGGAGAAUGGCACUUACCUCUUGUCCUUCCCCCUGCUCUGGGCUGGCUGGGCCCGGGUGCAAGUGCGGCUGAUCCACUCCAGCGAGGCAGUUGGGGUCCUGCAAAGAGUCUGGAGAGAAAAGCGAGCCACUGUUGAUUUCAGAGGGUAUUUCCGAGGAACAGAUGGCUCUGAAGAGACUGUCGUCUGUAAUGUGGACCCCCAGUCAACUGGAGCCAAAGGUCCUACCUGCCAGUACAAGGAUGUGGUUUCUGGGGAGAUCUGGUUCUGUGCUCAACCCCCUACUUUGCCCUGCAAUGCUCUAGUGGGUCACUCAAGUGGAAGUUAUCUGAAGGUGACCACGUCACAUGAUGAAGACCUGCUGGCUGGGAACGUGACUGACCAGAAACUCCCUUCAGGAGUACCUCCAAUCCUGGUCCUACGAGCAGCCCGGGGGAACGUGAGUAACUUGGCCUUGCCCUCAAGACCCCCAUGCCACCCUGGUCACCUGUCUCCAAAACCCUCCGGCUUCUACCACCAAGACAGAUGGCACUCAACAUUCUGUUCUAGCCGCUCUUUCCCCACUGUGGACAGCAUCCGGAACUGCCUGGCUGGCCGCAUUGUCUACAUGAUGGGGGAUUCCACACUUCGGCAGUGGUGGGAGUAUCUGCGAGACACAGUGCCCUCCCUGAAGCCAGUUGAUCUACAUGUCACUUAUCAGGCAGGUCCCCUGAUGGCCGUGGAGACAACUCAGGGGACAGUGCUGCACUGGAGGGCCCACAGCUGGCCCCUGCGUUCUCGCCACACCCCAGUGGCCUCCCUGCACUCUGUGGCCAGAGAACUACACGGCCUGGCUGGGGGACCCUACACAGUGGUGGUGCUGGGCAUGGGAGCCCACUUUACCACAUUCCCUCCCUCCAUCUUUGCACGAAGACUGGCAGGGAUCCGGGCAGCUGUAAAGGCCCUGCUGGACCGGGAACCCAGAACUCUGGUUGUCAUCAAACUGGCCAAUACUGGCUACAAAUCUGUGUAUGGCAGUGACUGGAUCACACUGCAGGUGAACCGCUUGCUCCGCGCCGCCUUCGCUGGUCUCCGAGUGGCCUUUGUGGAUGCGUGGGAAAUGACCUCCAGCCUGGAUGUACCAGACAGCAUCCACCCAAAGGAGCUUAUUGUUCGUAAUGAAGUGGAAUUAUUUCUGUCCUUCAUCUGUCCCACCUGAGUGCUCCUGAGGGAUCUGAGGCUGAAUGGAUGGAUGGAGAGCCUGAGUGUGGCCACCAAAAAAAAUGGACUCCCAAUGACAGAAGGCUGAAGCUAUCAAUGGCUGCCCAACUAUGACACUUUGGUUCCAUAUUUUAUACUAUUCUCUAUGUACAACAGGGAGAAUAUAGUUUUAUACAAAGGAGGCCAUGUUUUGCAUAGUUUUCUCUUUUUGAAUGUAAGGGGUUGUGUGUAGGAUAUGUACACAUAUAUGUACAGAUGCUCUCCAUGUGUGCCCAAGAGGAAGGAGAUGGCUCUCCUGUGACACAAAAAGACUUCUUGUUACUGUCAUGUGACCAAUGAAGCUGUAAGUUGUUGUGGUAAGUAUCCAACGCAAAAUAGCCGGGCUAAAGAAAUGACAACUCAAGUAAUUGGAAUAUGAGUUACAUACCUAGCUUGGGAAGAUCCGCCAUUAGACUACUCUACUUCCAUCUAUGAUGUCCCAUGUGACUUGCGGUUUCUCUGAGCCAUGUGCCUCUCUCCACUCUCCUUCCACCUCCUCCUCCCUAGAUCCUGUCUCCUCCUCCAUAGAUCCUGUCUCCUCCUCCAUAGAUCCUGUCUCCUCCUCCAUAGAUCCUGUCUCCUCCUCCAUAGAUCCUCUCUCCUCCUCCAUAGAUCCUCUCUCCUCCUCUAUUGAUCCUCUCUCCUCCUCUAGUGAUCCUCUCUACUCCUCCAUAGAUCCCCUCUCCUCCUCCAUAGAUCCUCCCUCCUCCUCCAUAGAUCCUCUCUCCUCCUCCAUAGAUCCUCUCUCCUCCUCCAUAGAUCCUCUGUCCUCCUCCAUAGAUCCUCUCUCCUCCUCCAUAGAUCCUCUGUCCUCCUCCAUAGAUCCUCUGUCCUCCUCUAUUGAUCCUCUCUCAUCCUCUAGUGAUCCUCUCUCCUCCUCCAUAGAUCCUCUCCCCUCCUCCAUAGAUCCUCUCUCCUCCUCCAUAGAUCCUCUCUCCUCCUC